AUGGCGAAUGAGAACAGCAUCGGCGCCUACAUUCGCUCCAUUUCACGCGCUUCUGGCUUCAACGAUCUCCGGCCGAGACUGCGACAAGUACUUCUAGGCGAAGACGAGGAGAUCACCGACGAGCACCGACAUCGACAUCACCAUCACACCGGCUCAGAUACCGGGCAUGAGAUCGGUCGUGGCACCGCGAACGAGCAGACUCCACUGCUUACAAACGGUGAUGCCCUUCACGGCGAAGACGACACCAGCCUCGAGCCCUUGCAAUCCCACGUCUCCGGCCCCUCACACGACCGCGUACAAGAACUCGCCCGCCAACGCAACGAAUCCCGCGCCCAGCUAAAAGACGGCGACCGCGAACCGCUCCUCAUAACAAAAGUCCGCCGAGACGACGGCACCGAAGCAGAAGUCAUCGUCGGCCAGUCCACGCUACCUCAAACCAUUUUCAACAGUUCCAAUACUCUCAUCGGCGUCGGUAUCCUCAGCUUGCCCUUGGGAAUCAAGUACGCAGGUUGGAUUCUCGGAUUGACUGGGCUUCUCCUCUCCGCGCUCGUGAGCAAGUACUCUGCAGGCUUGCUGGCGAAAUGUAUCGAUGUCGAUAGCUCGCUGGCUAACUUUGCGGAUAUUGCUUUUGUUGCGUAUGGAGAGCCGGGACGGAUUGCGACUUCGCUGCUCAUUACGCUUGAGUUACUCGUUGCUUGCGUUGGUCUAGUCAUCCUCUUCGCCGAUACUUUGAGCUCGCUCAUCAGCGGUCUGAGUUCGGUGCACUGGAAGAUCCUAUGCGGCUGCGUCCUGGCGCCGUUGCAGUUCUUGCCCAUGCGGCUGCUAGGCUUCACUUCAUUCCUCGGCGUGUUUUGUAAUCUGGUGUUGCUCGUUCUCGCUCUGGUCGUCGGAAUCAUGAAGCCCCACGGCCCUGGAUCGCUACGCAAGGUUGCGACAACAUAUGCUUUCCCUCCGAACUGGAGAGCCUUGCCCUUGAGCUUUGGCUUGAUCAUGGCGUUAUGGAGCGGGCAUAGCGUCUUCCCACAAAUCUACCGAGACAUGCGGCAUCCGCACAAGUACGCAAGGGCACUGAAUCUCGUUUUCAGCUUUGUUACCUGCGUAGACGUUGCAAUGGCCGUGAUCGGCUACCUCCUCUACGGCGACAAACUACUCGAUGAAGUCACAACGAACAUGAUCAAGACAGAAGGAUACUCUAGAGCUGUCAAAAUCACCAUCAUGGUCAUGGUGGCCACGGUACCCAUCACCAAGUUCCCGCUUCACGCCGCCCCCAUCGUCUCAACCCUCGAAGUCUUCACCGGCGUCGACUCUCGCGCCGCCCUCCUGAAACCCAACCGACUCAACCAAUCCAAAUUCCUCACACGCCUAACGCGAGCCCUCUUCCGAAUCGCCGUAGCCCUGCUCGCCAUCCUACUCGCCAUCGCCGUGCCAAGUUUCGAGGCAAUCUCCGCUCUGCUGGGCGGCUUUUUCGGCUUCCUCAUCUGCGUCAUCAUGCCCGUUGGCUAUCAUUUGAAAAUCUUUGGGAAGCAGAUUGCACGGCGCCAAGUUGUGUUGGAUUGGGUGUUUAUCGUCGUUUCUGUGGCUUUGGCGUGCGUUGGGACGGUGUGGGAGUUCUUGCCGAGGAAGUGGAUUGGUGUGUAG